UGCAUAUGCAGUUGUGCUCUCCUGAACUACACAGGACAUAACUAACCUGGGAGACACCAACAACUCCUACAGUUUAUUCCCUCUGAAUCACAUCGGCUGAAAGAAGGAUUCAAUUCAGCAGAUAUUUAUCAAAGGAAUGAACACAAUGGAAUUGCUUCUGAGAGUUUUAAUAUCCUCUUGUCUAACUUGCCAACUAUGGACAAUUGGAAGUUCAGAAUCUACAACUGAAAAUAGUACAACAGUUUCAAAGAUAACUUCUUCUGUCACUGACACAUCAGUAAUUACCACUGUCAGUACAAUUUCUGUAGAAUCAACCAAUAACAAUCCCACCAUUACUACUUUCACAACAGAUGUGACCACACCUAUGGAAAGCACUAAUACCCCACACACUACAUCAGUGAAAAGCACCCCUUUACCUAUAACUACAGAAACAAGUCAACCCACUGUAAGCAAUGGCACUACUGAAGCAGUAGAAACUACCAGCAAUCCUAAUAUGACCAUGGCAACUCCUAAUGUGACAACUGGAAAUUCUAGUAUGACAAUAAUAAGUCCCAGUGUGACACCAGAAAAUUCUAAUGGGACAACGGCAAAUUCCAAUGGGACAACGGCAAAUUCUAAUGGGACAACAGCAAAUUCCAAUGGGACAACAGCAAAUUCCAAUGGGACAACAGCAAAUUCCAAUGGGACAACGGCAAAUUCCAAUGGGACAACGGCAAAUUCCAAUGGGACAACGGCAAAUCCUUUUGAGACAACGGCAAAACCCAAUGGGACAACAGCAAAUCCUAAUGAGACAACUGUAAAUCCUAUUGAGACAACAGCACGUCCUAAUAUGACAUCUAAUACCACAGGAUAUACUGUUACAACUGUUACAGAUUCUGGAUCAACAACAUCCAGCAAUACUUCAACAACUGUCCCAGAUAUGGACACUGGUACAACUCCAACAACUGUACGCUCAUCUACUGACAGUACGACAAUCAGUACUACAAAAACAACCAUCAAUGAUUUCACUAUUACGACAAUCAAUACAACCAAUGAAACAACUAACAAUGGGAAAGAUGCAUCUCCUACUGAGAAGAAAGAUCAAGGAGGUGUGGUGAUUGGGGCAAUACUUGGCACCAUCUUGGGUCUCACCCUGGUCUUGCUUGUUGCUUACGUGUUGUGUACGCGCAGAAAGUCAGACAACAUCAGUCAUCGCAGACUGUACGAUACCUUCCCUAAUGACCCAGUCCUUCGUCUGAACACAGACGACACUGUGGAUUUAAGGUAUCAAGAUGGAGCAGUGUACUACAACCCCACUGCCAUGAACGACCCAUCCCCUUACAGCGGACAAUCAGAGGGCAAUGUUAACUAUGCCAUACAGAUGGAUGACUUACCGCCUUCGUACGGAAAUGUCGCAUAAACUAAAUCACAAGACAAACAUCUUAGACGGAUACAAGUGAAAACCACAGGAGAGAAUAUACAGAUCCUUUUGCUAUUGUCAGUAGUAACAUCAAAUAGGUUCCGUCUGAAAGAAUGGGUAGUUUAUACAGAUAAACAAACAACAAAUUUGGAACUGUACUCACCCCAAAGAGCCAUGAAAAUGGCAAAGAAAACUGUGCCUCCAUUAUCAAACAAAUGCGUUACCUGGAGGAAGAGAAAGGAAAGAAAUCCUAAUUACCUUGUUAUAGAAAAUGAUCCUCAAUCAAAAUACAAUCCAUAGAGAAUUACAUUGGAAUUUCACACACAUUCUACAUGUAGAGAAUGGAUUUUUCUCUAAUUGAGAGAACUUUUAAUAAAUUAGACCUCAGUGUUUUACUUGCACAUGUUGGCAUAGUUGACAGAGUUACAUACAAGUUCUUAAUAGUAAAUAGAAUUUAAGUUUCAUGAGAAGAUGUGUGUUUUUAUAUCAAUGUUUGUUCAAUGAUAAAAUUCCUUGUUUGCUACCAGUGCUGAACAUAAUUAUAAUGAACAGCAGAAAUGUGCUUGUACUGUGUGGCAUAGCAGUCAGCAUUUUAGAAAAGACACGGGUGAUUCGGUAUGUACAUCGGUUUUAUGAAUGAUCCAUGUUGCCACGUUUUGGGAGAAGUUACAUUUUGUCUUUCCAUAAGGAUUUUAUAUGGUAUAAUGGAAAUAUUUCAUUUAACAUUCUUAUCUUUUGAAUCUCUGAAUCUCAAGUGCAGUGAUCUUUAAUGCUAUCAUCUUGAAACUAUUGCCUCCGUUUCAAAACAUUAAGGUAUCCCUGCAAAAAUAUUUUGUAUAAAAGAAGUUUUGACUGUGAGCAGUAGAAACUAAUUUGAUACUACCUUGCCAAGGUAUACUUAACUCUUUGAAUAAAUGCCACUAAUUAUUCUUGUAACACACUGAUGUUAUUCCUUUGGAAUAUACAUAA